UACCCAGAUUCAUCUGUAUUCUGCUGGUUUUACUGACUUACCAGUCUCUUUAAUUUGAGUGUAGAGCUCACCCUGUAAACUUGACAACAGCACUGAAACGUGCUAAGCCGUUUUGUAUGUGCAUGUACAUGGGGUAAAAUCGCCAUUUCUCUGAAGUCAAGAGCAGGAGGAGCUCUGGUUACAUAGCUGCUCACGUGCUCAGAACCACGCUUUGACUUUGUCAAAGCUUGUGUCUUUUAAUGGCAUGAUUUUCUUAUUUAUUUUUUUUGUCUGUCUUUAAAUGGAAGUCACUAAUGUUCGUGAUUUUUUUUUUCCCCUUGGUGUUUUAAGAAACCAUUUAACUUCAUAGCAUGCCAUUUGUCAAAGCAUCACAAACUAGCGUAAACUUUAAAUCUCCUCACCUUUCUGUGGUAUAGGCUGCAUUCCUUCUUUAUAACCAGGUACAGUUUAAGGACAAGGCUGUAAAACUUGGAUUUCUAAAGCUAGUGAUUCUGUUGAAUCACUAUGAUUUCUACUGAGGCAACAGAGCAUGUGACCUAAAUUUCAAGGUGCUGAAUAUCCCAAUACACUAAUUGAAAUCUUUGGGAUGUGAACUGCAACCGUGUCUCAGUAUGAACAGCAAUUGCAGUAGUUACAUGUUUUUCAAGAAACACUUGUAGCCCCCAAGCAGAAUCAUAGAAUUGCCUAGGUUGGAAGGAACCUUUCAGAUCAUCUAGUCCCCAGCCAUCAGAAAUCUUUCUCUCGUGCCCACUACCUCUGCAGGUAGUGAUGUUAGUAACUUCUUGGUACCUCGUCUGGUUCUGCAUUCUCUCGCUGUUUCUGUGCAGUCACUAUGCUGCACUGCUCACACAAGAAAGUUCUGUUUCCUUCUGAAAACACUGCUGGUUUCAUCUGGCAUUAAAGAGUCACCUUUCCCAAAGCAAAGGGAGAAAUGACACACAGCUCAUCCAGUUCUGAGAAACCCUACUCUCUUCAGGACAAGCUCAGGUGAUGACUUUCUGUCUGAAGCUUUAACCUGCCAGAUGACUUUACGUAUCUGCCCUGACUUUGGCACUGUGGAGGCCACAGAGUUCACCGAGGGAUUCCUGUGCUUGUUCAGCCCUGUUACGCUGACAGUGGUCAUUAAGAACACAAGGGGGUUUGGUUUAUAGAUUCAAAUGGUGAGAAAUCGCCAUCCGGCCUUGAUGCCGUGUGCUCAGUGGUCAUCUUCCCCCUGUUCCACUUGAAAACAAGAGAUCUCUUUAAUACUGCUGAUGGACCCUAGAAACAAUACUUCCCUGGUGGUGGUACAUUUUGGAGAUAUCUGUAACGAAGUGGAGACAGGUGUUCUGAGAAAUGCUGUUAGUCUUUCAAAAGUAACAAAUGUGGAAGAUUUAAGACAAAGACUUUUUAAAAAAUGGUCUCUGUUUUCUUGACUGUCCUGAUCAUUAUCCCGGACAACAUGCAUUUCUGUGACAUACACAGCAAUUUUUACAAUGUAGUGAGAAUAAUGGAAAAAACAAAAAAUAAGACAAUAGUAUGUUUAGUUCUACAUGAUGUUCUAGGGUGUAUGAUACAAAGGGUUUUCUCCGAAGUUAUUUUUCAGUUGGAGUGCUUCUACUCAAAGGUAUAGAUAUGAUCAUAUAUAUAGGUAUACCUCCUAAGUAUUAUGCAUAGAAAAGCAAAGUUGCAUUGUGAAUUUCUUGCUGAUUAGAUAUUUGAGCUUUGCCUAGUUAUACUGCCUAAUAUUCCUCCUACUUCUGAAAAAUUGUGUAGCUCUGUUUUAUACUUAGGCUAUAUAGUAAAAUGAUAGUUGGGUUGCAAAAUGUGUAGGAAAAUGGAAGGUUUGUAUUCUUGCUGUAGAAGCAGUUACUACUUGUGUUGUCUUGGCAGGUAGGUCAGCAUACUCUGCACGCCCACCUGCUAGGCACGGUAUCCUGCAACACCAUAAUGCUUCUUGUUCCCAAGAGGAAUCAUUCCUUCUAAUCCAGGCUUGCAGGAAAAAGUUAUUAGUCAUUCAUUCAGAGCACACCCAUUGCCUAUUAAGAAAUAUUUUUAGAAAGAAGCUGAAGUCCACAGCAUGGCUCACAGAGACUAUUUUGAAAUAUGUGGCUAUGUGCACACCCGUGCCUGUAGCCUUUACUCGAGGAAACUUUGUAAUUACAUCAAUGGGAGUUGUGGCCAAGUUGAGCAACAGAGGACAGACGCUUAGGACUAAUGGGUUACCUGUCGAGCUAGUGAACUUCCUAUUUUCAAAGCAGGAAAAUCCAUGUACUAAUACUGAAACCAAAACAUCCAGAUACACAGCAGCUUUGGAAGCAGGUGUAAAGCUUUACAAGACCUUUGUAGACUUAGCAAGAUAAUUUGGGUCAGCUCAGUGUUAAAGGAGGUGUUUGCUCACUAAUGCUCAGCAGGAGUGUGUGUGUGUGUGGCAUCUGAGUCUUUGGAUAGGUUUAUAGGUGUGCUGUGCGGAGCCAGAGCGUGGCCUGCCAGGAGGAUGUGUGCUGGAAGAGGCAUGAGAAAUGCUUCACCUGUCUUGACGUGGGCUAUGGCGGGACCUGCAAAGGGGCCUCACAGCUGGCACUGAUUCCAACACCUGCACUGGAGCCUUGUGGUGGGGGAAGAUGGGAUUCCUCACACUUGGGUGGAUUUUGCAGCAGCAGGUGGCUGCAAACCUGGCUGUUGGAAUAUGUUGUUGGCCAGGAGGAGGAGUGGGUCAUGCCUUGAUCCUGUUGAAGGGAAGAGGGAGUUUUGGAGGUUGUGUCAAAUCAGCGUGCAGAGGCACAUUUUAAAAGUGGCGCAAAUAUUGCUGCUUUAGGAGCACAGCUGUAGAAGUUGGGGUGCCAGCUCUUAACAACAGGUCAUUAAAACGCCUUGCUGACAUGAGGAAAGCCACAGGCCUUUCUCAGCCUGAGGGGACUUUAAACCACAUUUCUUAAUCCAUGGUGCAACCCCUUAUCAGUAGGCUGGUCUUGCUGGGAGUGCCGCCGCCUUGUCUUAGGUGCAACCUGAAGUAACAAAAGGGCUUGAGAGUCAUGAGGCUGCAGCCUGGGAAGCUGCACCUUGGGGAUCAGGACUAUGGCAGUAGUUGUCCAACAAAGCACAAGUUUAGGUACAUGCAUAUUUGGCGGGAUUUACGAAGUAUCUUACUUUUACUGAUGUCCUCUUUCAAGCAAGCAGAUUUGCGGUCUAGGCUUUUAUUCUUUGACAGGUAGUUUACAGGUCCAGCACUGAAAGCACAAGAGGGCUCUUCAUCGCUUUAUGUGCUUCUCACAAAUGGUUUUGACAGGCACAUUUCUGCUACAGGGAAAAAAGUUUUUUUUUCUCCCACCACCCCAGUGUGUGAAUGUUUGGGAAAUACGUCCAAGUGGAGAAGGAAUCAUAGCUUUGAUCCUAAACAUUUUGGAGAAUUCUAUCAUAAAGAUACGGGUCAUAACACAGCUGAGUCUCUGCAUGUGCUGAAUGAGGCCGUGAAACGCAGCUUCACUGAUGCAUUCUCAGUCUGUGCUGACGCUGACAAAUGUCUGGUACCUAGGAAAAAAAGCCUGUCCGGAUCCUAUGCUAAGGAGCAUUCUCAACUAACUAAUUUUAAAAAGGUUUUUUUUUUCUCUCCUCUUGCAUUUAUGGAUUAGACAUGCAAGUACGCUCUCUAGUAUGAGGAGGAAUUCUGUUACUGGACACUUUAAUCUGUUUCUGUAUAUGUGAUGGUCAUAAGGCUUCCUUCAGAAUUAUUUAGUUUGAAGUACGUCUGUCUGUUAAAUAAUUUGGCUCAAAAAUUGUUUGUUUUUAUAACAGUAGUCCAUGUAUAGUAUACAGUUGUACUAAUUAAAAAAUGAAAGGCAGUAGAAAAAAGCAAAUAACAAUUGAUAAAUUGUAGUAAAGAUUUAUUAGAAACAAUAAGUCUGCAGAUUUAAAAUAAAUUAAAAAGUAUAGAAAUGCAAGAGGUGCGUUGAUGUCUUAACCUAAUUUUAAAAAAAAUGCUUUAAGAUGUUCAAUUUCAAAAAUUAUUCCACAAUGACUACAUGUUAUUUUCCUCUUGCCUAAGAAUAACACUAAAAAUUUUUGCUUGGACAGUCGGGGAACAGAAAAGAAUGAGGAAAAAUAUGUCUCAAACUUUAAAUCUCAGUCAGGGAAUCACACGGGCACUAUGGUGCACCACAGAGUUAUUAAAUCUUUGUAUAUCUGUGGGUGUCUGUGCCUCUUGGCAACUGGCUUCUAUCAGAGGGGCAGUGACUGCAGUGUCAGCAACAUCCCUCCAAGAGGGAGCGGAGAGGACCUACUGUCAGUCAAAGAUGCCUGUGGCUCCGAGAGCUCUGCUGCUUUCUCUGGGAAACAUUCAGCCCCAGUCAGGAGUUCAGGGUGGUGGGAACCGCACCAACGUGUGGAACAGAAAGUGGAAGGUGAAGCUGGGGGCAGGUGAAGAGGGCGGUAAAGCUCUCCAAACACACUCCACUUGGCUCUGCUUCCCCACCAGCCAGCCUCCAGCACUCCUCUUUCUGUUUAAUGAUUUUGUUUCAUUAGUGUGUUUGAAAGGCAGAAAUGAAAUAUUGGAAGCUGAUGGCGUUUGCACUCUGGCCAAAAUUCAGUAAGGUCCAUGCUUAGCAAGAUCUUGUAGCUAAAAGUCACCUUCGUGUUUUGUACAAUGCCAGACUUACUGAAGGAAAAUUAAGAAAGUCUUAUGAGUGCAGCGAUUACUCACGCACAGGUAGAAAUUCACAUGUAUUUAAGUACCAGGCUGUGUUAGUCUGUUUUUGUGUACUUUAGAUAGGUGUGUUUACUUUAAUUUAUUGGCAGGAUUGUGUUUGAACUUAACCAAAUAUUAGUUAUAAAGUAAAAAUGCCUUAUUGAUAUAGGCAUUACAUGGCUAUAAGAGGACUUUGGCUCCAUCCAGUACUUUGUCUUUCAUGUGAUAACAUCUGUCAUUUCAAAGUGCCUACCUGAAACCUGCGAUGUCAAGUUUGUUUCAGAUCAUGGUAUAUACAACCACUUUUGAGUUACUCUCCUUAAAUUUUCUCCGGUUCUGUACUAGCGCAAGGUGCCUGGACUAAUGCAGCCCUUUGCUUUAAUAAACUUGCUUUGUGCAGCAGGAGAACAGAGGUGGAGCUCCAGCCUCUUCUGCCUGUUCUGGUUUGGCCUAGCAGAUGCAAGAUUCCAGGAGAGGACUGACGGACGUGUGUGGUGGCCGCAUCCAGGAAGCAAGGUUGUCACACCUUCACUGGUCCCAGCAGGUGCUACUAAAUAUGUUGGAGUUUGGCAUGGAUCCUCAACAAGCCUUAGCUGGAGCCUGGCUUUGCUUGAACUCUUCAAAGAGAGCAUACAGAUCCAAAAUAUUUGGUGUGAUAGAGGUAAUCUUUGUUUUGCUAGAUUAGAGAAUUGGAUGUCUUUUACUGGACAUCUGGUUUAUGCGUAUUGCUACAGGGGAAGGGAGUCACAAAAACAGCACACAUCAAGCCUGGAGACAGUCUGUUCAUCAAGCUGCGCUAUGCAGAGGUAUCGGAGCUACAGGAAUAGUCCUGUGACAGAGAAAUAGUGGAGUUUCCCAGGCUGUGGGGAAGCACCUAUUAAGUGUUGUUCACAUCACUUGCAAGAAUACAAUGGAUUUGACUUGCGCUUCUGUUUACAGUGUUAUUUAGCUGUUAAAAAAAAAAAUACACACGCCCAAACCAAAAAAAAAACUGAGUGUGGACAGGUAUGAGAGCGGUUAGAUUGAACUAGUGGAAGAAGGAUUUGUAAAGCUGAGGACAUGUGUUUCGGAAGGCGUGCUAGAUGUAUUGGUUAUAAGUUGCUCAUCCUUGCCCUGCUCAGCAUCGUGGCCAACAUUUUACUCUAUUUUCCCAAUGGCGAAACAAGAUUUGCUUCAGAGCAUCAUCUCAGCAAAUAUGUGGAGUGCCUUCAUGGCAUCGUAGGUGGAGGCUUUAUGGUGCUCAUUCCAGCUGCAGUAUUCAUUGGGCUUCACAACGAUGACUGCUGCGGGUGCUUUGGCCGUGGGAACUGUGGGAAAAGCUGUACGAUGCUGUCCUCAGUUCUGGCAGCCUUUAUUGGGAUCCUUGGCUCUGGAUACUGCAUAAUCAUUUCAGCACUGGGCUUGUCUCAUGGACCAUAUUGUUUGACUCACCUAGGAAGAAAGUGGGUCUACCCUUUCACUUCUGGAGGGUACUUGUUUGAGUAUAACAAGUGGUCUCAAUGUCAAGAACCUUACAACAUCGUGCAGUGGAACGUCACCCUCUUUUCCAUCCUCCUUGUCUUGGGAGGAAUAGAGUUCAUUCUAUGCUUCAUACAGAUCAUCAAUGGCAUUCUUGGAGGACUAUGUGGGUUGUGCUGCAGUCAUGAGGAGACAUACGCUUGCUAGAAACUUGACAAUGCCUUGACGUCGGUGCAUGUGUGUGAUGUAUUGAGUAUUCUGUGGUUUGUUGUUUGGGUUUUUUAUAUUCCAUGCAUACUAAAAUACACGUUGUUUGUUGUCAAAC